AUGAUUAAUGAGAAAACACCAAACUAUACCGAGGAAGAAGUACUCGCAGACAUUGAAAAAGUUAUACGGGAUCUUUUAGCUCCACGAUCUCUUCCCCGUGCAACUUCUAACAAUAAAAAGCUUGUCUUACCAAUCCAUCAAAACUACGGUGACAACAGUCCCUUCAAAGUUAAGGCACAAAAGGAAGAUUUUUAUAAAGAGGUAGACUGCACAGGAUUUGCUCAGAAAGAAAUUUACGUAUUCGUCGAAGACAAAUUAAUCGUAGUCGAGGGUAUACAUAAAAAUGUUCAAGAUGAGCACGGUAUUGUCUAUAAAAAUUUGUCAAAGACGUUUCCCGUCUCUGAAAACUACGAUUUCAAUGAUGCUCAAAUAAACUUAGUCUCAGACGGUACAUCAACUAUCUACAUUCCUCGUAAGGUUGAAUCAUUAGCGAAUGAGGACUGUGGCAUCAAAAGUCUAUACAAAAAUAAACCAACUAAAGAAAUACAACUUCAGUCAGAAAAAUAA